UCAUCCUUUCUCUGCACUUUAAAGCCUGGGCUGGUAUUUGAGGAGAACUAAGCUAGAUCAAUUUCCUUCACGGCCUCAUCUGCACAGGUCACCACUCUGGGGAGAUGCAGCCUUCCAAACCUGAAUAUUAUGAUGUUUUUGAAGAUUUCCAUGGAGUUUUAAUGUAUAAACCCUUCACCAAAUACUGGGAUGAAGUUGAAACAUUUACAGCAAGUCUAGAUGAUCUUGUCAUCGCCUCAUAUCCUAAAUCUGGCACAACCUGGGCCAGUGAAAUUGUAGACAUGAUCUAUAAAGAAGGUGAUGUGGAAAAAUGCAAACAAGAUGCAAUUUAUAAUCGAAUCCCUUAUCUGGAAUGCAGGGAAGAGAACAUAUUUCAUGGAGUGAAACAAUUAAAAGAGAUGAAGUCUCCAAGAAUAGUGAAAACCCACCUACCAGCUCAACUCCUUCCAGAAUCAUUUUGGGAAAAGAAUUGCAAGAUUAUCUAUGUUUGCCGAAAUGCGAAGGAUGUGGCUGUUUCUUAUUACUAUUUCUUCCUAAUGAUAACUGCUUACCCACAUCCUGGAUCCUUUCCAGAAUUUGUGGAGAAAUUUAUGCAAGGACAAGUUCCAUAUGGGUCCUGGUAUGAUCAUGUAAACUCUUAUUGGGAAAAGCGAAAGAAUUCCCAGAUGCUGUUUAUGUUCUAUGAAGACAUGAAGGAGGAUAUCAGGAAAGAGGUGAUAAAAGUCAUACAGUUCCUGGGCAGAAAGCCCUCUGAGGAGCUGAUAGACAAGAUUAUAAAACACACAUCGUUUAAGGAGAUGAAGAACAACCCGUGCACUAAUUACACGACUGUACCAGACGAAAUGAUGGACCAGAGAGUGACGCCGUUCAUGCGAAAGGGAAUUACAGGAGACUGGAAGAACCACUUCACAGUGGCCAUGAAUGAGAAGUUUGACAUGCAUUACAUGCAGCAAAUGAAGACAUCUACAAUGAAGUUCCGAACUGAGAUUUAAGACAUUUCUUGGGCUGGAGAGAUGGCUUAGCCGUUAAGCGCUUGCCUGUGAAGCCUAAGGAACCUGGUUCGAGGCU